CCCUAAUCCCCUAUCCCCCUUCCCCCAGUCCCUCUGUCACUUGCAGGCGCCCCUCCUCAUCAUUCUUCUACCCUUUGCCUGCCGUGGAGUCCUCCUCUCUGUCACUUCCGCUCUCGCCUGCAUUCGCCUCUCCUGUUAUCAUUCUCCGUUCUACCGUUGCAUCGAGUGUUCGGCUGCCGACCAGCCUUCACCUGUCGUCUCUGUUUCGGCAUCUCGCGCGUUGGUUUUGUGCAGAGCUGUGAAAAGGGAAGUCAUGAGCAGGAGUUUGGGAAUACCAGUGAAACUACUUCACGAGGCUUCUGGUCAUGUGGUCACCGUCGAGCUGAAGAGUGGAGAACUCUACAGAGGAAGUAUGAUCGAGUGUGAAGACAACUGGAAUUGUCAACUUGAGAACAUUACCUACACUGCCAAGGAUGGCAAAACAUCCCAACUUGAACAUGUAUUUAUCCGAGGCAGCAAAGUCAGGUUUAUGGUCAUACCAGACAUGCUGAAGAAUGCUCCCAUGUUUAAACGAUUGGAUGCUAGAAUCAAGGGCAAGGGUGCAUCACUUGGAGUUGGUAGGGGCAGAGCAGUUGCAAUGCGGGCCAAGGCUCAGGCUGCUGGCCGUGGAGCAGCACCUGGGAGGGGUGUUGUCCCACCUGUUCGGAGGUGAUUGGCGUGCAUAUAAUCUCCUUUUCCCGUCCUCUGUUUGGUGAACAUGAGAUUUAGGUGUGGGGUAGAAUGCCAUUUGUGGGUACCGGGUAGGAGAGAAAAAAAACAAACAGGAAUCGCUCAUCUAGACGUAAUUGAUUGCUCACUUGUGGAUAGAUUAAUUCUACUCAUCGGUCUUGUAUUAUGUACUUGGUAAGUAAUUUCUGUAGUGGUUCUGUAGAAAUGACUUUGUUUGGGACUUCAAGUUAUCCUGCUCAAUUGUACCUGCUGAUCGCGUUUUGCUAGCAUCAUA